AUGUCUAUUCCAUCAAAGAGUGUUGGCUGUUAUAGUGAAAAUGAUAAUGAACUUAGAAGAGGACCUUGGACUCUUGAAGAGGAUGAUAUGCUCAUCAAAUACAUUGCUAAUCAUGGGGAAGGGAGAUGGAAUUUGCUGGCUAUGAGUUCAGGAUUAAGGAGAACAGGAAAGAGUUGCAGAUUAAGAUGGCUUAAUUAUCUAAGGCCAGAUGUAAAGAGAGGAAAUUUUACCACACAAGAGAAGCUUUUAAUUUUUGAACUCCACUCAAAGUGGGGUAACAGGUGGUCAAAAAUUGCACAACAGUUGCCAGGCCGAACAGACAAUGAAAUCAAGAACUAUUGGAGAACUCGGAUUCAGAAACAUGCAAGUUCCAUUGAUAGAACAGGAUUUCUAGAAAUUGCCAAGCGUUUGCAGAUGAUAAGAUGUCUUCAGAAAGCAAAAGAAUCAUCUUCUUCAGCAGUGUCAAUCCAAAACCAAGCAAUUCCUUUGCCUCUUGAUGGUGUUUCUCAUUACUCAGUGAUUGGGACAAUACCAACACAAAUCGCUUGUCAUGGAGCUUGUAUGAAUGAAGGAGAUCCCACUUUUUUGAAUCAGCAUGAGCACAACUCAGAUUCUGACCACAACAAUGGUUCAUGUAUAUCCUCUUCAGAAUCAGCAAAUAUCCCAAAUAUGACUUUGGGAUACACUAAUAGUCAAUUUCAGGCCUUGGAUAACAGUGACUUUAGUUCAUGUGCAUAUGAUGGUUACCAAGUAAAUAACAAUAAUGCCUAUGAAAUGGGUGGCUUCAACCUAACAACCACAAUGGUCGCUGAGGAUCUGGAAUUCCCAAUGUAUGAUUGUCAAAUGUCAGAAAGCAAUUGCCUAAACAAGGAAUUUGCAUAUGGCUGGAACAUGGAUGAAUUAUGGCAAUUUAGGAAUAUACAAAAAUAA